AUGGAUGCAAAGGAAACGUUCUUGGCCAAAACCGGAGAGAAUUUUACCCUUGAACACUGCUGGGUGAUUCUCCGAGACACAAAGAAGUUUCAAGACACAUCCGAAAAUACACUUGCACCGUUCCCAUCUAGUCCAACAUCAUCCAAAAAUUCGAACACCAUGUCUGCAACACCUUCGAACACCUCACAAGUUCCCAAACGACCUUCAGGCACCAAAACUGCUAAAAAAGAAGCAGCGUCAUCAAAAACUCAGGAAGAAUUAGAUAGAGCAGUUCUCCAAGCUUCGGAAAAGCUUGCAAAUGCAGUGGCGGAGAAAGGUAUCGCGAUUCGUGAUUUAUCUGAAUCUCGGAUCAUGAUGGAAGAUCCAGAGAAGAUGAGUGGACAUCGUCGCGAAUGGUAUCGAAUGAAACAAGAAGAGAUUAUGGGAAGAUAUAAAAAGGUCAAAACCAAUCAUCAAACAAAAUCCGAAACCAGUCAGACCGAUGGUGAUUUACAAACGGAUCUUGAUUUACAAACCAAAAGCGAGUCCCAAACAAACCAAACUGAUGGCCAUUGGGACAAAGAGUGA